AUGUCAGCACCGCCUUCGCCAAAGCCGUCGUUCGAUUCUGAGGAGCGUCCGGAGUCCAGUCAGAGCUCAUUAAAGUCUGCAGCCGCAGGAACCCACCACAAACGCAAUAUCUCUUUCGAAGACAAGUCGAAGACUGACAGGCCGCGACGAAGAUCGAUUCAGUUCCAAGUGGCCGCUGCAGAGUCGCAGCUGCCUAGCCGACUCCUGGAAAAGCGGGUUUCCUACGGGGAUACAUCGCCCAGGGAGGAAGCCGAGAGAGACCAGCGGUCUGCGCAAGCGGGUCGAGGUCCUUCACCGCCGCCGCCAAAGACCUAUGAACGAGGCGUCUCUUUCAACACUUUCGACAAUCCUGAUGCGCCAGACUUUUCAUUAACGCUCAACUACAAACAUAAGGGGUAUCAAAGUACACGGCGAAGCCGAUCGUUUCUGGUGGGCACAGACCAAAAUGAUUACUCCGAGUUCGCCCUCGAGUGGCUACUGGAUGAACUCGUCGACGAUGGUGACGAAAUUGUGUGUCUGCGUGCGGUAGAGAAGGAUUCGCGCAUGGCUAGUGAUGCUGGCAUCGAGGAGGGCAAGUACCGUCAGGAGGCAAAGAGGCUGUUCGAACAGGUGAUUCAGAAGAACAGUCAGGACGAGAAAGCGAUCAGCUUGGUUCUAGAACUAGUAGUCGGGAAAGUGGAAGAUAUCAUCCAGCGGAUGAUCCGUAUAUACGAGCCCGCCAUGCUCGUGGUCGGUACCCGUGGGCGCAACCUGAAGGGCGUUCACAGUCUCUUGCCUGGAUCUCAAUCACCUAUUCCGGUCAUUGUGGUGCGGCCAUCGCCCAAGCGCGAGAAGAAGAAAAAGAAGCGUCGCGCAGAUCCCACUCGCAAAAGCUACAACCAGAUUCUCAAUCUCAGCGAGCAGCGAGGAAGUCGCAUUUUCGACGCCAGUUCUAGCACCGAGGAUGGGAUUUCUAAACUUCCCGAUGAGGAGGCUGCCGUCGCCGAAGCGCUCGGUCUUCCAGCAUCCUACUCUCAUGCCAACUCUCGGAGCUCUAUCUCUGUCUCGGACCGCAGCAGCCUCAGCCAUGACGACUCUGACUCUACAUCUCCAGUUCCCCACUCGCUUGAUGCAGUGGUCAUGAAGAGCCCCCUCAUCGGCAGCCCUGCCAGUUCAGAAGAGAGCAUCAGUUUUGGUGAAGACACAGAAAGACCAGAACGUCCACCCACCCCUGCAGCACUCGACGAGCCAAGCGAAGAGUCAUCCGACGAUACAGAAUCAGCUUCCAGAGGACUCGAUCCCGACUCUGCAGCGCCAACACCCGAUGAAAUACCUGCAACUCCCGGUUCGAUCCCAACGAUCGAAGUCUCAAACGACAAUGACGAGAAAGUUUUGAAUGACCACGAUGAGAAAGCCAAGUAG